UUUAUUGGCUUAAUGUGGACGAUAUACACCCUCAAGCGAAUUUAUUCAUAGGUAUCGGUAACUAUCAGUUUAAAUGUGCAUCACUGUUGAAACAUUCAGAUAGCAACUUUGUGUUAGACAAUGACAUGAGAAAAGAAAGAAACCGAAACUUCAUAAUAGUCUGUGAAUUUUUUUUUUUUUUGAUGAAUAGCCUACUAUUCGUUUUUGAUUUCGUCCUUUAAAUACAGCAGCAGCAUGAAUUUAAGAUGCAUAACAUUCUUCGAAAGACUUACAUUGAACAUCCUAUUGAAUUUCGUCAUACCAGAGCGAAUCACAGAAUGGCUUUUGAAAACGUCUUCGUGGUGUGUUGCCUCGUGCUGUGCUUCUGCUCGCCGGCUUUCUCGAUGCCAAUGAGGUGCAAAAUGAACGGACACCUGACACAAAUAAACAAACAACUGCUGCUCGAGCUGGGAGGUAAUCUUCCUGAGCAAUGCAAAAAUGAGAAUGUACAGGUUUCAGUGCCGCUGGAUGCCUAUGAGAUUACACAGGACUCACAGAUUGAAGACAUCAAGAUGACGAUUUAUGAAUCACUGAAACACAUCAACAUAAUUUUCAUGAAUGGGCAGAAGAAGCCUGCAACUUGGAAUAAGACUAAUUUGGAUAACUUUCAUAACAUCCUUAAUCGCCAGGUUCAAGGAGUAAGACAAUGUGUGGAGGUCGAUAACGGAACACCAUUUUCCGGUGAUGGGGAUUCACAGCCACAAGGCAGCCAUCUGAUGCUAAAGGCAUAUUUUGAGAAGCUGGAAAAUGUUUUAAAAGACAAGGAGCGGAGGCAUCAGGAAUCAUUGACGGCCAUGAUGGAGAGGAUGCACGGCCUGUUCCUGGAGGCUAAUCGCCUACCAAGGGUGAGGGUAGUGAAGAUGUCGCUGGAGGAUGACCCCGAGGCUUACUUAGUUGCCUUUGAAAGACAGGCAACUGCAGCUCAGUGGCCUCGGGAGUGGUGGGCUACCCAGUUGGGCCCCAAUUUGAUCGGAGAGGCCCAGGCAGUCUACCAAGCCCUGACACAUGAGCAAGCCCUGGUGUACGACCAGGGCUACUUCUCAUUGGCACCCCACGGGCGGCCUUCCUCCACACCAAUGGAGGGCGAGGUCGACCCCCAGCAGGGUGAGAACAGAGAACCUCCCCCCACUGCCAAACCAGCAGCGGGACAUACAAGCUCCAUGGGCGCCCUUUCACCCCACUUGCUACCGGUGCCAUGA